AUGAAGUUGGAAAGCGAAGAAUUUCUAACAUUUUCAAUACAUUGUUUGGGAAUAACUGCAGUUCCAGUUCAUCUUCUCGGAACUUUUUGUAUACUUUUCCAUACUCCUGAAACUAUGAAAUCUUGUAAAUGGGCAAUGUUUUAUCUGCAUUUUUGGAGUGUUGUAUGGGAUAUUUAUUUGAGUGUUUUAUAUGUUCCAUUCAUAAUAUUUCCAUUUUCUGCUGGAUAUACUCUAGGAUUUCUUUCUCCAAAUUUUCUCAAUUUUUCACAACAAUGUUAUAUUGCUGUUUCAUUACUCGGUUUAAUUGGUUGUGCAAAUGUUAUAUUUUUCAAAAACCGAUAUAAUUGUAUUUGUUAUUCACAAGAAAUUCGGUAUGAAAGCAAUUUGAAGAUUAUCAUAUUUUUCGUUUUCAAUCAUAUUAUUCCAAUUAUUUAUUUUUCUCCAACACUUCUAGUUCCAUUAGAUGAAAAUGAGGCGAAAUUAUAUAUUUUGGAAAAAGUUCCGACGUUACCUAGAGAUAUUCUGGAUAACCCUAAUUUCCGUGUUCAAUGUUUAAAUGGUCCUGUUAUGAUGCUUUGUAUAAUUAUAAUUGUCUCCGAACUUUGUAGCCAAAUUUUGCAUAUGGUUUGGAAAAUAUAUUGCGAAUUAUUCUCAAAUAUUUCAAAAUCAAAGAAGACUUUAAAUGCGCAGAGAUUGUUUUUUCUAACAGUUUGUUUACAAACUUCUCUUCCAUUUUUCGGAAUUCUUCUUCCUGUUUUAUAUAUGUUUUUUAGUUAUUCAAGUUAUUUUUAUAAUCAAGGAUAUAAUAAUCUAACAAUAAUCUCAUUAACAUUUUAUGGACAGCUUUCGACAUUAACAAUGAUUAUAAUCCAUAAGCCAUAUCGGAAUGUUAUUUCGAAAUUUUUUCGAUCUUACAAAAAAGAGUCAGCAGAUUUCAUCGACUGA